AGUGAUUGUUGUUGACAUUUUGCAUUCGCGCUUUAAACCGUAGUGAAUUUGAAAAUUUCCGCCAACUCGAAACAGUCUGUAACACUGACGUGUGCACAUGACAGGCGACCAGUGACAUUUCUCGCGUGGAAGAGACGAAAGCAACGAAUCGUUAAUUCGUUUGCAUCCGACGAUCACAGACAUUCGAAGAUUCGAGACGGAAGGACACCGGGAGUUAGAGGCCGCGUAAACGGCGAGAGAACGCGUCGCCAUGGGUACCGUGUGUUGUGGCCCGCGGGUGUAGUGCGAACCCCGUAAUCGAAGGGAAGAGACAGCGGGAGCGAGCGAGACGGUUCAACCUGAGGAGAGAGAGGGAAGAGUGAAAGGUACGGGGAAAAAGAAGGAAGAUAUAGAACGCGUGGACAAGCGUGACCGGCAAAGGCUUCGAAAGGCUACUCUCUCGUGGCCUGCACACUGUGUGGUGGGGGUGGCGAGAGGUGGUGGGAGAAAGACGGAGAAUAAUGCGGACUCGUUGCUUCCGCCUUGAUCAACAGGACGUUCGGAUCUGCUCGUAAUUUCGCGAGGAGAUCUAACGAACGGCAAGAUGACUCGACGAAGAAGAGUGUCUCUCGUGCUAAGAGUAUGCAUUGGUGUCUUCCUGCUACUCUUCAGCACAGUCGCAGCUGAGACGGCGAAAGACCUGUCAGCGAGCCCAGAGAAACUCACUCUGGAUGCGACUGGCACGUCGUUAAUCGAGAGCAACAAAACAAUCCUGAACAAAAUACCGUCGAGGGAGGAAACCCUAUCCAGUUCGUCAGAACGCAAAAACGAAGCUGUUGGCCCGUACAAUUCGACCAAAGAAGAUUUCGAAACGGUGCACGAUAAGCUUACCAAAGAUGCCAAAGGAGAGGACGAGGAGAAAGUGCCAAUGCCGAUCGACGAGGACCCCGAGCUGCAAGGAAUCGGGUCACGCGACCAAGUCGACAGGUUAUCGACCGCUGAAUCCCCCAACGGAAGCUCGAAGCUCGACGAAAGUACCUACGGAACCUCUGGCAAGAGUUCCAGCACGAAAACAGUGUCGGAAGUCUUCUACAGGCUGUCCAGGACGAAUGGUUUAACCACGGUAACCACGAAGCCUUCGUUGGAGGAAUCGAAAGUCGACGAGACAAGGAACAAAGCUGUUCAACGAUCCAACGAUACCUCGAGGCAGGAGCCAGGCAAAACCGCGAAAUCCUCGCUGGAUAACUUGGAGCUGAAAGAGGAUCAUCCGAGACUGGAGGCAGAGGGUUUGUCUAUAGAGGCGAGCGAGAACCCAGGAUUGAAGCCAGGCGCAGUGAACGCUGAGAACGACUCAGCGGCGCAGAAAGUUCGUUUCCUGGAGGAGUUUCAGGACAGGAGAAAAAAGGCGGAGAGUCAGAGCCCCGUGAAGAACUCUGAAGUUCCGGACCUGAAAGGGACGGAUGAAGGGAGUGAAAAAGAUGGGUCUAUCUCGUUAGUCAACGACAUGCACGUUAACUACAGCCACCAGUACAAGACCACGACAGAGGGAAAUGUGGAGGCUGGCAACAAGCCUAGGGCUUUCGAGAACGCCACCAACUUUGUCACCGAGGAGACCAGCGUGACUCACGAGUCACGAGAUCCGAAGGAUGAGGUAGAGGUCGUCGGGAAUGUGAUUCAGCCGGCUGUCGAGCGAAUAGUCGAGCGACAGUCCCAAAACUCGACACCGAAGGACGUUAGCCUCGCGAACGAGCUGAGCGAAAGUUCGAACGGGGACGCGGACUCGAGUUCCACGAAGGUUAACGAAACUAGUGGAGGACCGGUGAUCGCGAAACAGGAAGAGACGAGCGAGAAGGAUCCCAGAUCGUCGCAGUUCACGACCGAGGCGCCAAUUCGUGACGAAUCCUCCACGCCACAGACGUCCUCUAGUCCUGUACCCAGGGGAAGGACCAUAGCGUUCACCGGAGGGAACGAGUUUCCAAGUUCAGACGUGAAACCCACUGCAGCCUCGAAGCUGGACGUUUCUUUCUCGAAGAAAAAUAUCACGGACAAGCUGGUCGAUCAGAAGCCUUAUCCUUAUCUCAAGUCGUCUAUCAAGGAACCGCUGCACAAUGCCAGUAACCAGCUAGACGCGACCACCGAGGAGGCUUCCGCGCUAGAGAACACUAUAGGUAAAGGUCAAUCAGAGGAAAAGUUCAUCGUGACAGAAGCGUCUGACGUAUUGGAGAACAGUAUCCAGCAAUUUAGACCGACCUACUACGAGAAAGUGAGCAACGAAUCCUCCACGAUUUCCAGCACGGAUGUCCGUUCGUCCGUUCCAAUGACGACCUCGUCCCUGGUGAGGUUGGACGACGCCAGUCCAACGAAUCAGACGAUUAUCGAGAAAUCGAGCGAUCAGGAGGCCAUAGCUGAGCUUCGAGAAAAAUCGACGAGCGCGGGAAAUGACGUGCCCCAGUGGGGUGAGAGCCGCGAGGCUAUCUCUGGGAAGGGGAACAUCGAUGUGACAGGGAACGGGAUAACGGAAGUGAGCCUGAAGCCGGAGAGCGAUAAACGUGCCUACGAGGCCACUCUCCAGGGGAUUACGGUUCGAACAACUGCCGGUCCUUUGACAACCGAGCCUAUGGAACCGCAGACAGACCUAGGCAUGCUUUCGACCAACACGGACGUGCAGACGAACGUGGAAGGUUAUCUCGUAUUGCGAUCCACAUUGAACGCCACGGAGUUCUCCACCGAGUAUCCCUUUGUCAAAGGGAAUUUUUCCGACAAGCGAUCCACCGUACUGUCCACUUCUCCAACCGACACUAGCGCCACCACGUUGCCUACUACUACCGUCGAGGAAGCUUCGGUAGCCAAAGUGACCGAAACUCCUGUAACUUCUGACGCGAACGGAACCAACGAGAUCCCCAACAGUGCGAGUGGUACUCUCAGUCCAGACGAAAGUUCCAUGCCCACCACUACCAGUAUCGAGUACGAGUUCGUUGGUCUGUCAGAAUCCACUACUUUUCUACCGAGGAACGUCACCGAGGAAACUCCCGAGGCUCGCGAAUUGUUAAACGAGACCUCCACCGUGCCUACUGUUCGUGAUUUGCCAAUGAAGAAUACAGCCAACGAGGCUACCACUACCAACGAGUCCAUCACCGAUAAUCCAUCCUCAACUGCCGAGACAGAGGUAACCAGUAUCGAUGACAGUGGGUCUAACAGUCCAGUGACCGAGCAGACGAUCGUCCCUACGUCUGUACCAGGUCCAACCACGAUGAGCAAGGAAGAGUUCAUGACUGAAUCGAGCGCUAUAGAGGAGGAAACUGAUAGAAGCUCGAGCAAGGAAGACGAGCUGCAGAAAACGACCAGUGUGACGGAUUCCUGGAGCACUAUCAGCGAAGGAGACACGACUACGAUCAAAACGGAGCAGACUGUCUCGCCGGAUACCAGGGAUUCCCGUUUCAUGGCGAACGUCACCGAGUCCCCCAUGGAAUUCACGUCGAUAUCGAACGUUAACGCGACAGAUGCCACGCGAGUGGCCACUUCCAGCCCCUUUAUCCCAACCGGUCUGCGACCAAGGGUCCCGGUUUCGAGUAGCACGAGCACUCCAACUGCCUCCGGCAUACCGGCAGUGAAGACAGAUGACGAGAAGGUGUUGCCCACCCAGGAAGAGAUCACGUCGUUGGUUCGCAUCGACAUAAAGGGCGGCUGGUACGACGUGUGCCCCAAAAUGAAUCAAUUGAAAGCGUCGCUGGCGGAAAUGUUGACGUCUGGGAUGAACAGAUCGGUAUCCGAUGGGCAGAUUGUUUUUUAUAAAGAUCCAUGCCACGAUCUGUCGAGUUCAGCGUCAUCAUCGUCGGACAUUUCACUGACUACGAUACUAAUCUACGUCGUUGACGAGAAUUGGAAGUUCGAUGAUACCAUGACGAAAAUUUUGCCAAAUCUCUAUAAGGAUUCUCAGAACCGCAUUAAGUUCCCGGUUGAAAUACAGGGAUUUCUUCUGGUACAGGAAACGGCUCCGGAUUCUGGAAACGCGAUAGCAGUCGUCGUGGUCUCCACGGUUGCCUUGAUUUGCUUGAUCCUUCUGGCUGGUCUUUUGUUUAUAAUGAGGAAGAGGCAAACGAGGUUCAACUAUGGCGAACGAUGUCGUCCAGUGUCUUUGGACGCAUACAGCCUUGACAGUGUUUCCGCUUACAACAGUGUCAGACGCAAAGGUGUGGCGAGGUCGUCAAAAAGAAGUUAUGGGAAUCCAACUUUCGAGGAUUCGAGCGCCAUACCGUCUCACCCGUUGAAUUUCGCCGGGCUUUCAUCUUUCUGUAACGACGUCAACGCAAUCAACGAGGAAUUCAGCGGCAUUCCGCAAGUUUCGGCGAAGAUAGACGAGCUGCCCCCUGGCGCCGAUGUGAAGAACCGAUACGCCAACGUGAUACCGCUACCGGAGACGCGGGUGCCACUUCAAAAAAUCAACAACGACCCCCUUACCGAGUACAUCAACGCCAGCUAUGUACGAGGACCAAAGAACGCAACAAGAUACUACGUCGCUUGUCAAGCACCAAUGGAGUCGACAGUCACCGACUUCUGGAGGAUGAUCUGGGAACAGCAGUGCAAAGUGAUCAUCAUGUUAACCGAUCUCGUUGAAAAUGGGGUAGAAAAAUGUACCGAGUACAUUCCACCCUCGGAAAUUAUCGACUGUCGCAAGUUAUACGGUGACUUCCAAGUCACUCUGAAGAAGAGAGAAACCAAAGAAAAAUAUGCCAUUUCCACGCUUCAUUUAAAUAAUUUGGAGAAGAACACAUUCCGUGAAGUGUACCAUAUUUGGUACCUGUGGCCUGUGAACGGGGUGCAGUCGGAUGGUGCCGGCUUGAUAGCUGUGCUACUCGAGGCGAGGGCACUUCAAAGGGGUGGCCCUGGACCCAUUGUGGUCCACUGUAGUCCCGGCACUGGACGCACGGGAACGUUAAUAGCUCUUGACCUAGGAAUUAGACAAUAUGAGAUUACGAGGACUGUGGACGUGCCAAGGGUCGUUUACACUAUCAGACGGGAUCGUGCUGGGGCUGUCCAGACGAAAGAACAAUACGCUUUCAUUUACAAGGCAUUAAAUUUGUACGCGACCAAACUUGCCGGCGGUGUAUUGGAAUCUACGUGAACCACACAAGAUAUCGAAGAAACCUUUAUUCAGAAGCAAAUCUAAGUCUUGGCAGUGAACUGCUAUAUCUUUGAACGAUAAACAUCACCGAAGACGUUAGGGAACUGCGAGAUUAUAAGACGUGCCAGUGUUACCUGGGUAGAAAGCUAAUGAAAAUCGAACGAAAGAAUUGUCUUGUGAUACAUGGACCAUAGCGACGAUCGUGUCUCGCUUUAGAUUCUUGCUUAGUCCUCUCGAUGUCCGACGAUUUCGCGAAGAAAUUUCGAAACAUCACUUACCAUCCGUUUGUCUACCCCUCUCGGUCGAUACCAGUGUUCGUUAAAAAUGUUACCAUCGGAUAAGGUAAU